ACGUAUUAAUGUAACAGUGGUUAUGAAUGAAUGUAGUAAUGGCUGAAUGCAGUGAUUGUACUGAUUGUUGUUGUGAUCAUAAAUGCAAUGAUUUAACUAAUAAUAACAAUCAAAAUACUAAUAAUAAUAAUAAUAAUAAUCAAAAUAAUAAUAAUAAUAAUAACAAUCAAAACAAUAAUAAUAACAACAAUAACAACACUAAUCAACAAACGACUGACACAACUCUGAGGAAUGGUUUACUUUUGGAGGAGAUUAUCAACGAUAAGAAACUGAGUCUUAUGCGAUCACCACUUGUGCAGCAAUUGAUUAGAGAUCACCAAAACAAGACAUUUCACAAACAACACAACUAAUGGAUCAUUAAUUUAAUGUCUCAUAAAUUAAUUCAUAAAUAAAAAACAAACAUUGCUUUGAAACCAAAUAAAUUAAUAAUUGUUUUAAAAAUUAAUUGAUUGUCGAAGAUAUCGAUUAUCAAAACAAUGACAACUUUGCAAAGCCAGAGGACGGGUAUCACUCAACUUGAGUUUCAUCAGGCGAUGAAUGACUUUAAGACAAUGUUUCCCAAUAUGGAUGAGGAUGUCAUUGAAGCUGUACUUCGCUCUAAUAAUGGCGCCGUCGACGCCACUAUAGAUCAGUUGUUAGCCAUGAAUAUGGACUCUGAAAAUGAAAGACUUAGACACGAGUUGGACACUACAGAUAAUAAUGAAGUUCCACCGGUUUAUUCUCCGGCCACACCUCCGCCGUCGUACCAUUCAUUACAAUCACAAUUAAUCGCUUCAAAUAUGAGUCCAAAUAGUUUACAACCCAAAGACUCAAAUGAAAAAUAUAAUAAUAAUUUAUUGUCUCAAAUGAAUUUACUCGAGAAGAAUGUAACUAAAAGUAGUACAUCUCAAGUGAUACCAUCUAAAGACUCAAUGCGUUAUAAACGUCAGUGGAAUCCACCGAUUUUGGGACAAUUGCCGCAGAGUUUUCUCAGAAUAGAACCCGAUCUCAACCAAAGAAAAUUAUCGGCUUUGAGUCGAUCAUCGCGUGAAGUGACUGUUAUUAAUUCAGCACUUCUUCAACAGAAAAUGCAAGAAAAUCAAAGACAACGACAGCUUUCAGUGAGCGCAGAUGAUCCUGAAUUGUCUCAAUUCUUAGAAGAUGAAAGAGUAGCUAUUUUUCUUCAAAAUGAAGAGUUUGUUCGCGAACUACAGAAAAAUCCUGAUUUUAUGUCUACUUUAGAUUUGGACACAAGGAGUAAUCCGGACAACACUAUGGGUGCAACUGGUGGUACAUCUCAUACCGAUUCUGAUGCUGUUUUUAAAGACAGAUUGAAACACAUGGGGAAAGUGUCUCGACGUAAAUUUGCUCAAUUGGCGCGACUGUUCUCACGCCGCAAACGCCGCAGUUUUCAGCAAUUGCUUAGUGAAAGCAAUAGUGGUUUGUUAUCUAAAGAGGAUCAAUACAUUCAGUUUCAGAAUGAAUUUGCAGAAACUGAGAGACAACUCGUCUUAUUUGCCGACGAAAGCCAACCAAACUCACAACAAAAUACCGGAAAUUCAAAUAACUCACCGAUAAAUAACAGCACAUUUAGAACACAUCACAGAAUUUGA